AUGACUCUAGAGGUGAAUGUUUUCAACAUUGGUAAACAACCACCUGAUAACGAUGAGUGUUUCCAAUCAUUUUUGAUCGAUACACUUAUUUCAGAAGAGGUAGAAGCACAAUACACUUCCACUCAUCUCAAUGACCUCUUUGAAAUUUCUGAGAUUUCUGAGUCGGGUAAUACUGAAAUCAACCCUGAAAUCAUCAAUCAAUUACCGACCAAAAGAACCAUGUUUUGGAAUCCAAUCUUCGAGGGACUUCCUCAAGAUAGGGAAACACCAAAACCAUCCACUGUACAAGCUCCUCAACCAAACUUGGCUCAACUUCCUAAGGAACUUAAGCAUGUCUUCUUGGGAGCAAACAACACUUUCCCUGUCAUCAUAUCCUCCACCCUUAAUGCAACUCAAGAGCAACAACUUAUCAACGUGCUCACAGAGCAAAGAGGAGCAAUUGGUUGGACGUUAGCUGACAUUAAAGGGAUUAGUCCUUUGAUUUGCUCCCAUCACAUUAAAUUGGAAGAUGGGGCCAUACCACGACGUGAUCCUCAAAGGAGAUUAAACCCACCAAUGAAGGAAGUGGUAAAGACAGAAAUCUUGAAGCUUCUGGAUUACGGGAUACUUUAUCCUGUUGCCGACAGUAACUGGGUCAUCCUUUCUACAGCUUUCUCGAUGGUUAUUCGAGUACUACCAAAUCGAAAGUGCUUUAGAAGAUCAGGAAAAGACCACAUUCACUUGUCCUUUUGGUACCUAUGCCUUUCGGCGUAUGCCAUUUGGCUUGUCCUUCUCAAUUUGGAAGCCGUGCUUAAACGAUGCAAAGAGAAAGGCUUGGUACUCAACUGGGAGAAGUGUCAUUUCAUGGUGCCAUCUGGCAUAGUCUUGGGGCAUAUUGUUUCACAACAAGGAAUUGAGGUUGAUCAAUCCAAGAUUGAACUCAUAUCAAAGCUGCCCGCCCCCAAGACUGUUAAGGAUGUUCGAUCCUUUCUUGGGCAUGCUGGAUUCUAUAGGAGGUUCAUCCAGAAUUUUUCGACGAUAGCUCGACCUUUGUCGAACCUCUUGGCAAAAGACGUGGUGUUUAACUGGACACCCGAGUGUGAGGAAUCCUUCCAAACACUUGUCACCAAACUCACUUCUGCCCCUAUCAUUCAACCACCUGAUUGGAACUUGCCAUUCGAGAUCAUGUGUGAUGCUAGCAAUUACGCUAUAGGGGCCGUCCUUGGUCAACGAAGGGAAGGGAAGCCCUUCGUCGUAUACUAUGCAAGUAGAACUCUUAAUAGUGCUCAAAUGAACUAUUCUACUACUGAGAAAGAGUUGCUUGCCGUAGUAUUCGCACUUGACAAGUUUCGUUCCUACCUGAUCGGCUCCCCUAUCACGGUCUUCACCGACCACUCUGCUCUGAAGUACCUCCUUUCCAAAAAGGAUGCUAAGGAUAAGAAAGGAGUUGAAAAUGUGGUAGCGGACCACCUAUCUCGUUUAGAGUUUUCUGAUUCCGCUGAUGGCCCUGCUAUCCGAGAUGACUUCCCUGAUGAACAUCUCUACACCAUCACUAAGUUACCAUGGUACGCUCAUAUUGUUAAUUACUUAGUGAUUGGUGAGCUUCCUGCUUCCUGGAAUGCACAGGAUAAACUGUCUUGA